AUGGCCACAUCGAUCAUGGCUGCACUCUCCAGCUUCAUGUUUGGUCUUGUCACCAGUUUACCCAUAGCCCUUGCGCCGGAUAUGGGCCUCAACGCCUAUUUCGCUUUCCACGUGGUCGGAUACAAAGGUUCUGGUAAAGUCCCCUAUGGUGUUGCUCUGACGACAGUCUUUCUUGAGGGGCUCAUUUUUAUUUUCUUCGCACUUACAGGCCUGAGACAAUGGGUCGUCAAACUGAUUCCGUCGACUAUCAAGAUAGCUACAGGAGCUGGUAUCGGUCUAUUCCUUGCCGAGAUUGGUUUGUCCUAUGGCUCGGGAAUCGGAGCCAUUACUGGAGGUUGGAAUGCGACGCCUUUGACUAUUGCCGGGUGUCCUAUUGAGAUGAUUAACCUCCAAACACAGAUGUGCGAUUCUGCUAUCUUCGUUGGAGGCAUAUUUGUUGUUUACCUCAUGGCUUUUCGGGUCAAGCUCGCCUUUCUUGUGGGUAUUCUCUUGGUAUCAGUUGUCUCAUGGCCACGCGGAACCAGCAUAACCUACUUCCCUGAUACACCAGAAGGAGACUCCCGCUUCCACCCAAUGAAGCACACAUUCAACGCCUUAGAUUGGGACAUUGCUAAAUACGGCACCCAAUUCGUCCUUACUGUGUUCACUUUCUUGUACGUGAAUAUCAUUGACGCAACCGCAACGUUGUAUUCUAUGGUUCGCUUUUGUGGAGUUGUGGACGCUGUAGAUGGAGACUUUCCACGCUCGACACUGGCGUAUUGCUGCGAUGCAUUAACAUUUAUCGAGAGUGGCGCUGGGAUCGCUGCUGGUGGCCGGACAGGAAUCACAGCCAUGGUAACUAGGGUCUUGUUUCUUGUUGCUGUCAUGUUUGGCCCUAUUUUUUCUUCUGUGCCGUCUUGGGCGACUGGACCAACACUCAUCCUUGUUGGUUGUUUGAUGGCGCGGCAAAUGAUGGAGAUCAACUGGUGCUAUAUAGGCUAUACGCUUCCUUCUUUCGUCGUCAUUGCCUUCGUCCCUUUCUCAUUUAACGUCGCCUACGGAAUCAUCGCGCUUCCCAGUGUACGCAUCUCGGGAGGAAGAUUGGAACCUGAGAACUACGGCUUCAAAGAGUACUGGACGUGGAAAGCGCCCCGAAAUAAGCCAUGGUACAUCCGGAUGUUUCGCAACUCGGGCAUUCCCAAGCGCAUCAGAUUGUGA